AUCAAUUUUUGAGCAAAGAGGUGUUCCUCAUUACGUUUCCUUGGUGUGCCUCGGCUGUCUGGGUAUUUUCCUUUUACCGCGACCAAGGAUGGCGGAGGGUAGCGCUGCUUUCGACGGCUUUUUAGCCAAGUACACUGGAGAUCUAACCUCCGCUCAGUUCAUGGAGGUCUGGGACCACUUCGACAAAGACGGAAAUGGCUUUAUCGAAGGGAAAGAACUGGACGAUUUCUUUCGCGAGCUGGCUCGGCAGAAGGGAGGAAAGGAUGAGCAACCAUCCGACCAAGAGAUCUCGGACAUGAGGGAAGCUAUUAUGCUUAAGUUCGAUGACAACAAGGACGGCAGAAUUUCGAUGAACGAGAUGUCGUCUAUCCUGCCCAUGGAGGAAAGCUUCCUCUUGCUGUUUCGCCAACAGGUCGGAACUAGUGUUGAGUUUAUGGAGAUCUGGCGGAAGUAUGACGCCGACUGCAGCGGAUAUAUCGAGAGCGAGGAAUUAAGAAGUUUCUUAACAGACCUGCUAUCGAAGGCUGGGAAAGACGUCACCGAGGAUAAACUAGCCGAAUAUGUGGAAACCAUCCUGAAGAUAUUCGACACCAAUGAGGAUGGCAAACUGGACCUAAAGGAACUGUCAAAGCUGCUCCCUGUCAAAGAGAACUUCCUCACGCAAUUUCAGAUCUUCGAGGGGUCAAGGGUGAGCCGCGAAGAGUUCGACAAAAUCUUCGCUCACUACGACAAGGAUAAGAGCGGCACUAUUGAAGACAGUGAACUGUGUGGGCUUCUGAAGGACCUGAUGGAGCAUGGCGAAAAAGACCAGGCAGACUGGCUUGGAAAUGAUUCACUUGGCUUUAUAAAGGGCCUGCUGGGUUGGCUCCAGAAAUUAAAGGCACGAUUGACAAACAAGGAGUUGGACGCCAAAGUACUUGAAGAGAACAAGGAACUGUUGUUGAAAAUCUGUGACAUUGACAAGGAUGGCAGGCUGAGCAAGGACGAACUUGCCAUGCUCCUCUGUGACGCGGAACUGUAGAUUGCAUGCGUGGCUGGCAGACAUGCACCCCAGCUCACACAUACAGCGCAUUGCUGCGUGUGACAUUCACGUGACGUUCACGCGAUACUGCCCGAGGCCCGUCAUAAGUUGCCACGCUUCUAGCGGGAAUAGAAUGACAAACAAGUGAGGUUGCUUGAUUAACUUACUCUACAAGUUCACAGUUUGACCGUUGUUAAAAACGUCACCUAGCUUACUAUAUUCUAAAAUGCUGGGCAACAACUUUAGAAGAUUAAGAAUGGCUACAGUGUCAACAGACUUUGCAGCAGCUCAAAAUGGCUUAACAAUUGUUCAACUUCUGUAAUAAUAGCUAUUGAUAUUUAUAUAGAUGGGGGAAGUGAAAGGAACUUCGUAUGUUUCAUAUGGACUGGAAGGGCUUGGGGUAGAAUGGAAUGACUGGAUAUGAUACACUGUCCUUGUAGAUAGAGGUACCUAUACUCUAGAAACAUGAGAAAACUAACCAUAGCCAUAGAUUAGUGUAUGAAACAAAUGACAAGAUUGCACCGACAAAUCAUUCGUAUUGUAUGUAAUGCGAUAAAAACGCCCCAUGUAACUUAGAUUACUUUCCCAUCCUUGCUGGAAUCAAUUUCUUUGAGGCAUUAAUAGAAUUGCUUAAUGCUUAAUCUCCAAUGUAUAUCCACAAUGUACCAAGCAAAUGGCAAGGGAUAGAAUUACGUUAUGUUGGAAUGGAUGGACACAAGCAAACUGCCUGGUUUUGUGGUGACCGAGGCUUUUACAAACUGACUGACCAAACAUGUCAGGAGCAAAAAUAUGGAAAAGUUUGGAAACAGAUUAUCACGUGAUUCUAUCUCAAAAUAGUUGAACAUCACCCUUCCCAUCCAUACGACUCCUGGUAGUGACUCCCUCAAUCAUCUCACUUCUUGAUCAUCACGCGACAUCCCUCAAUAGAUGUAAGUAUAACAUGAUAAUGGAUAAAACCUGUAAAUAAGAUAGUGGCGUCAAUGUUGGUGUGUGUACCUAAAGAGCAAAGAAUGUCUGCCGUAUUUGUAGAAAAUAACAACUGUAGAGAGUAGAGAGCUA